CGGGUGGGCGGAGCCUGGGAUUCCUCGUUUCGGGAAUUUCCGGCGCGGCUCGGCUUUUUCCGGCGUGUGAGGUGUGUCUCUGAGGCGCUGGGAUGAUGGCGUCCUCCUCGCGAAGGCUGCAGACCAAGCCGGUCAUCACUUGCCUCAAGAGCGUCCUCCUCAUCUACAGCUUCGUCUUCUGGUUUUCUGGCAUUAUCCUUCUGGCAGUUGGCAUCUGGGGAAAAGUGAGCCUGGAGGUGUACUUCUCCCUGCUGAAUGAGAAGGCCACCAAUGUUCCCUAUGUCCUGAUUGCCACUGGUACAGUUGUCAUCCUCCUGGGCACAUUUGGCUGUUUUGCCACCUGCCGGGGGAGCACCUGGAUGCUAAAAUUGUAUGCCAUGUUCUUAACUCUCAUCUUCCUUGUUGUCCUGGUGGCUGCCAUUGUGGGCUUUGUCUUCAGACACGAGAUUAAAGACAGCAUCAAGAAAAACUAUGAGGUUGCUGUGGAGAAGUACAACGGGACCAAAGAUGAACGCAGUAAUGCAGUUGAUACUAUCCAGACCAUGUUGCAUUGCUGUGGAGUCUCAAGCUUCACUGACUGGAAUACAACUGACUACUUCAAGCAGAAUGGGAUUCCCAUGAGUUGCUGCAAGUCCCUCGACAACUGUACAGCUGGAGAUCGGAAGGAUCUAGACAAAGCUAAGGGAAAGGUGUAUGAGAAUGGUUGUUUCAAUCUGGUGAUACAAACAAUGGACUCCAAAAUGAGCAUUGUAGCUGGAAUCUCCUUUGGCACUGCAUGCUUCCAGUUGAUUGGAAUCUUCCUUGCUUGUUGCCUCUCCCGAGCCAUCACAAAUAAUCAAUAUGAGAUGGUGUAAAUUGCUGUCCUGCAGGCUUGCAGCUGCAACAAAGAAUUUUGGGACACUUUCUUUAUACAUUAAAAACAAAAAAGCAAAAAGAAAUCUUUUGGGAACAACUUCGUUGGAAACCCAAGCUCCUAGAAUCCUGUUUGAUGACAUCACUUUCUUCUGGACCUGUUUUUUUAAAGGAGGGAAAGGAUUGAGUGCAAUUACAUAUGUACAGUGUUCAAUUUUGGGUUGUUGUCAGGUCUGUUCUGAAGGAAUGGUGGAUAGAACAGAUAGUGUAGGGCAGAUUGUUAGCAUAGCUCCUUCAGGUCAGAGAUAGUAGUUUGCUGCAUUGCCCCAGCUAUGCUGUGAAUUGUAGAAUUUGACCCUUAUGAAGUUUGCAGAUUCUUGAACACACUACCAUAAAAAGGGAAGGAAGGAAGGAAGGAAGGAAGGAAGGAAGUUUUAUUACAGGGCCGGCUACAUAGUUUCUUGGACACUUGCCUUUACUUUAUUUAUAGUUUUAUAUUUUUUAGUACUGUACCUUAAAUAGCAUCUUUUAAUUUAGAAGUAAGAAUGACAAGUCAUGAAAACAGUCAUGAAAAAACUGUCACUUGUUAGAGGCCUUUGGCCUAAAAAUGUGUUUUAGUCCAUACUAAGGAGACAUACAACAACCAAAGUAGCCUCAAAAACUUCAGUGUGCCUGAACUGAAAGUCCCAGCAAUUAUGCAUUCUGCACUUUGCAACUAUAUUAUUUGAUAUGUGUUGGAUGCACCUCUUCUUAAUGAGCGUUCACAGGCAUCAGCAUUCUUGGUGGCUGCUGCUCAACUUUUUAAUACUUUAGAGCAGUGGGCCUCAAACUUUUUUAGGCUACUGCCCACUUUCCACUUGGGCAAUAACCCUAGCGUCCCCUAACAUCUAUUUUUUGAUAUUAGGUCUACCAGCCUGCCAGAAAGUGGUGUCUACCUCAGUCACAUACAGCUCACCAUUGUCUUCUCCUCUUCCGCCUUUCAUGUGUGAAUACAGUAGUGGCAACGGCUCGGGCCUGCUCCUCCCUGUUGUCUGCAUCAGGCUUCCAAGGAAAGGAAGGAUGGGUGGAUGGCCACUUGGUAGCUGUUCCCAAGGUGACUGGAUGCAAAGGGAGCAGCACCUGGGCAGCUAGUUAUCUUGGGAGCAGCAACCAAGCAGUUAGCUGAGCAGUAGGUGGGAAGCCUCUCUCCUGUGCCGGCCUUGCAGCAAACGCCUGAGGGGGUGAGAGGUUUCUCAUUCACUGCUCAACCAGCUGCUCAGUCACUGCUCCCUUUGCAUCUAGUCACUUUGGGAGCAACAACCAAGCAGUUGGCUGAGCAGUAGCCAACAAGCUUCUCACCUGUGCUAGCCUCAUGACAAUCUCAUGUAGAGGCAGAGAGGCUUCUUGGUCACUGCUUGGAUGUUGCUCCUAAGAAGACCAGAUGCAAAGGCAGAAUCUUCUCAGCUGUGAGGAAGGACUAUCAGUCCUUUUUCGUCAGGGCAGAGAGGGGUGUAGCCAGAUUCCCACUUUUUCCCCCAGCUAGGAAGGACUCUCAAUCUAAGAAAGGCAAAGGACUGUUCCAAGAACUGGCCCCAGAUACUCCUUCCCCUCCUUCCCGAGAGACAUGCCAUGCCACACAGCUUCAGCUCUUCCUCUGCACCCGGAGAUUGUUUGUUCUGCUACCUCUUCUCUCAGACUGCCUGAUGGAAGAAAGCAGUGCAGCUCUAAACCUGCCAAGCAAGUCACCGCAAAGCUUACAAAGCUUAAGCAGGGUCCCAAAUGUGAAAGUUUCAUUUUCCUGCUGUUUCUCUCAUGCUGCCAUGUGCUCUAAUUCCUUAUUUCCACCAUGGUUCUAAAGGCUGCUGGUUCCUCUUCUGUUUUUUGUGUGUCAAUACUUUGACUGAAGGCCCUCCUGCUGCCCCCAUUUUCCUCACUACCCCUCUGGAUCUUUCCAAUGUCCUCUUGCGGGGGAGCAUACUGCCCACUUUGGGAAUCACUGCUUUAGAGCAAAGAACAGCAGUAUGGUAGAUGUGUGGCUUUUCAGGCAGUUUGGGUGGGUUCCUGAAAAGCACACUGGAAUUUGAUGGCAAAUUGUAUUGCUGAAUUUUGGUGGCAAAGCAGAAACAGCCAUUACAGCAAGCAAAUAGUGCUACUUUUAAAUGAGUUUCUUUAGGUUGCUGCUAAAACUCAAGACACUACAGAAAGCAAACACAUUUUCCCCUUGUUCUGAUGACUUUUUCCAUUUGGUAGCCAAAAUUUGGGUCCCAGACCUGCUAGGGUUGCCCACCUAUGUUUGUCUUGCCAGAACCUGGGCCUCUUGUGUUUUCUAACAAGGGAGGGACCUCCUCCUUCGACCUAUAUCUUUUGCUAGCCCAUUAUAAGGUGAAAUGCAUGCCAUUUGUCCAAUAACAGCCAGAAAAUGAGUACAUAAUUUGAGUAAAUUAAUGAAUAAAGGAUGUUUUGUUUUUGAAGCAGUGAACCAGUAUUCCCCAUGUCGGAUUUUGGAUGUCAUUGUGAAGUACAGCAGCUGGUAUGACACUAAGGGUCCUAUAUGUACAGUAGUUUCAGUUUUAUGAACACUAAAGUCUUCAGAAUUCAAAGAUAUAGCUGUGUUAGUCUGUGGAAUCAGUAUGUAGAGAGAUCUUGUAGCACCUUUGGGACUAACUGAAAGAAAGAAGUUGGCUAAAGUGCAGUUUUACUAAGGGCUGUAGUUUUACAUUUUCUUAACCAAAAAGAGUAAAUCUCAUUGACUUCAGUGGGACUUACCUCUGAGUAAAACAUGGUUAUGGUACAAUGUGGUUUAAACUUUAUUUUGAAUUAUUCUCUUGGAAAAGUGGGGUGUAGUCUGCCCUGGAGCUGUUUCUAUAUGCUCAGACUUUGGAAGCAAGGGCUUGAACCUCUGUUUAGCCUUGGAACCCCACUGGGUGACUUUGGCAAGUCACACUCUCCCAGCCUCAGAAGAUGGCAAUGGCAAAUCUCUGAAGAAACUUCGGGUUGUCAUAAGUUGGAAAUUACUUGAAGGCACAACAAAAACAAGUCUGUUCUGGAGCUGCUUUUGUAUGCUAACGUGGAAAUAUUACUUGGUUUGAGUACAGCUGCUAGAAAUCCCCAGCCACUGGUUAUGCUGGCUACAGAUUCUAGGAAUUGUAGUGCAACAAAGUAAGUUAUCAAAGCUCUGUCCUCCCUAAAUAACACCUUUUAGUACCCCUAUUGCUUUUUGCUUUUGUUUGUAUAGAUACAAACUACGUAUGUUAUUCCAUUAGUACAGUGCAUCCUUGCCUUAUGCGGGGAUCUGUUCCAGACCCCUCCGCGUAAGGCAAAUUGCGCGUAUGCUUGAGCCCUUUGAAAAUAAUGGGGCUUGUACAUGAUGUGCGUCGCAGUGUGCUUGCCAUUUCUUCCGUUGUGCGGCUUUCAGCAUAAGCUGAAAGCCACGUAAAAGGCACCCGCGUAUGAUGCGGGUGCACUGUGCCAGUAUCUUGCAGGAUUCUCAUCAUUGCUUGUUUUCUGUGGAAAGCAGUCUUCUGGCUUUAUCAUGGUCAGCACUGGAGGAAAGUAGUUACCCUGUUAUUUGCUCUUGAAUCCCUCUCCAUAAUUGGACCUGUGAACAGGGGGAAAGGAAUGGUUGUCUUGUGCCUUUUGAAAUAAGCUUAGUUUUCUCACCACAAAUUUUUGUGCCUGGCAUAAGGCUUCCCCAAUCCCUUCGUCUUUCUUUCUUUCCUGAAUCACGUUUUUUUAAUAAUGCUGUUCAAAAGUUUUAUUUCAAUAAAGCCUUUUUAAUUGGACUGAAAAUAUUGUGAGGUUCUGUGCAUGGGGAGGUGGGGUUCAGCCUUAACAGCAGUGACCCCGCUGGAUUGGGCAUGAUUCUGAUCAGCAGUAUUAUUACAUGAUGCUUUAAACACAUUUUUGUAUUAAAUAGGAAAUCAUCUUUGCCUUGAAAAUGUAAUAAAUAAUUACAUACCAUUUA